AGAACGAUCCUCACGCUCAUUCAUCCUCCCCGUUUGCGUAUCUUCCGCCCUCCUCCCUUCUGUCCUUGUACUUGUCUCUCCAGCUCCACUCCCACCAUGUUUCGUCUCCUCUCUCGUCCUCCGGUGGACGAUGAACAUGAACCACUCGUCUCCCAGUCUCGUUCUCAGUCCGCCGACGAUCUCGAUAUCGAGCAGGAAAAACCGGACCAUGAACAAGUACAAGAGCUCUCACCUGUGCUUUCUGAUACCGGGACCGCCGUCAACGACGAACACCACGAACACGCUCCUCCCAACCGAUCACGACCAUCAGCGACAUCUCCCACUAAUCACAGUACCCGAUUCUGGGCAUUCGUCUGCGUCGUCUGUGCCGCUAUCAACCUCGUCCUCGCCGUCCUCUUCCCUACCGUCCACUUACAUUCCCCCUCCUGGUCGAAAGGCGUGGCGGAGACUGAAAGAUAUGGACUGCAGCCGAUGCGUCCGUUCAAUAUGAAAGACCUCUCCUCCCUGAAGCGUCCGUCGCAUUUCAUAGGAUUCGAACAGAUCGACCGACAAGCCAUCGCCUCCCUCUCCUCUUCUGGCGCAGUGCAAGCAGAGAAGAAGCACCAGUUCGACAACUAUCCGAUCGUGGUGGCGCAGGUGGAUAGUGCGCGGGGAAGAGAAGACGAGAGUAUGGGUGUGUUUACGAGAAGGAGGAUGGUUAGGGUGGGGGUUGUGGAGGGGACGGAGAAGUGGGUUUUUGUUAAUAAGACUGUAUCCACCAUCUUCCAAUUCCGAGCAUUCGACUACGGAAUGGAACAAUGCGACCUCCGAAUCUCCAUCCCCGCCCUCCCCCUCUCUUCUUCCUCCUAUUCCUCCUCGUCAUCAUCAAAUCCCGACUCAUUCCCAUUAUCGAUCUACCGCCUCGACGCCCCCUCCGAACUCGAUCCGUACGCCCUCACGCAGCGUACCCGGCCUUCGAGGAUCGCGAAAUUGGCGGAUUUGCAGCCUGGGGUUUGGUUGCCUGAGUCUUACGGGGAGUCUCAUGGCGGAGGUGGAGAGGAAGACGAAGGGGGAGCAGGGAACGCGACGUUGCAUAUAUCCGAUAUUUCAAACCAUGGUGACUCUUCCUCUUCUUCUAACACAACCAACGGCACCCCCACCUUGCAUACCUCGUCUCCCCCGCCCGGCCACGACCACAACUCUCCCCGAAGAACAAGACACACGACGUACCACCGCUCCUUCCACUGCGCCCGCGAAGAACUCUACACCUUCGAACUUGCGUGCUCGGACGUGGAAGUACAGAGAGGAGGAGAGGGGUGUGCGGUGGAGUGGUGGCAGGAUGAGGAGGGGGUGGAGGCUGUUGGUGGGAUGAGUGGCGCGGAGUGGGGAAGAGGAGGAGGGGGAGAGGGGCCGAUGGUGUGGGUUGUUCAGAGGGAGAGUGAGUAAGUGUGGAAGCGGGUAUGCCGGGUGGUUGAUCAUCUAUGUAAUUUAAGUCACUUAUGGAUUCACCUUCAUCCUAGGCUUGACGUGAGUUUUUGUAUCUCUUCUUUCGUUCUCCGGUUUUGAGAGUCGGACGGUUCGCAGUCAUUCGUUCGUUCGUUUGUACUUAUACUUAUACUCGUACUUAUUAGCACUUACACCUCCGAGUCGUAGUGCGGCUUUAGCUUUGAC